AUGGGGUACCUGGUGUCCGAGGGGAAAGAGGAAGUGUGCUUCAAAUUCAGGGGCCGCGUGGGUUUAAAGGCAUCAAAGGAGACGCGGGGGAGAGAGGACCACCUGGUUUUGAUGGAGAUAAGGGAGAAAAGGGGGAAGAUGGUCCUCCUGGAGUUAAGGGCUGACACUGUAUUAAAGGGCCGCAAUGGUGAUGAUGGAGUGAACGGAGCCAAAGGGGACAAAGGCGACCAUGGCUUUCAGGGAGAAAAAGGAAAUCAGGGGGACACAGGUGAACCAGGUUUACCAGGAGACAACGGGGAGAAAGGAGAAAAGGGUUUUCGAGGGGUACCUGGUCGCCCUGGAAGUCCAGGACAUUAUGGAGAAAAGGGAAACAUGGGUUUGCCUGGAAGCCCUGGAACCCCUGGCCUAAAUGGACUCACAGGACCCAAGGGAAAUAAAGGUGAAGGAGGGCUGAAUGGAGCGGAUGGAGCAGUUGGGGUGAAGGGUGACAAGGGAAUAGCUGGAUUUCCUGGUUUCCCUGGAUUCAAAGGAUCGGCUGGAAUCUCAGGCAGAGACGGAGACGUGGGACCACCCGGAGCGCCAGGACUGAGGGGCCUCACCGGGCCAAAGGGUGCGAUGGGUCGCCGAGGCCGGUCAAAGCCCUGUCAGAAGGGAGAACCAGGAAUCUCAGGUCUACGAGGGCUUACAGGAAUGAUUGGGAUUGAUGGCAUUAAAGGAGACAAAGGAGAGCCUGGACUAUCGGCGUCUGAGGUGAAGGAGCUGGUGUCACAGGAGGUGGUGGACCAGUGCGGUCUGGAAUAUAAGUUCAUGGUGAAGUCUGUGGAUCCGGAUGGCACUAAACCGGUGAGGGGAGAUAAGCCACACAGUCCUGAGAAUUCCCUGGGACUGAGUUCAGGUCUGAACCAUAAGGAGGGGCCAGAGGAGGGGCCUGAGGAGGGACCUGAGGAGGGGCCAGAGGAGGGACCAGAGGAGCUCCUUCACACUGCUGCCACUCUGACUCCAAGAGAGAAACCCGAGCCAAUAAACCGCACUGACACUGUUCAGCGAGACGACGUGGCCAGGAUGAAAAGAGGAGUGUUUGGAGCACGUAAUAGUGGUCGAGAGCAGUGUCUGGAGCCGAUGAAGGAGGGGUCCUGUUCAGAGUACAUGUUACUGUGGUACUUCCACGCCCCGUCGGGGGAGUGUAGGCCCUUUGUGUAUGGAGGUUGUGAGGGAAACCAGAACAGGUUCUCUACCAGGCAGCACUGUCAGCUCUGGUGUGGGCCCGGGCAAAAAGAUCAACUGGCACUGAAUCGUGGAGAUGAAGACUGA